CGUGUAUGCUUUCUUCCCUGGAUGGCCCUGUGGGAAGAUGGCCCUAUGCUUACCGAUCAUUGGCCUUGGCAGGCCUGUGGCAACCGUUGGCUUGCUGAUUGCUGAUGCCCAAAAUUUUUAAAUCUGAAGUCAUGAUGAUCAGCCUGAUUUCCUGAGUCGUGCUUUUGACCUCCUCCCCAUUUUCUUUGUGAGCAGCACAAGCUUUCCGCUUUUGGCUUCGAGAUGGGCCGUUCGCAGGCGUUCUUCACCGUCGAUAUCCUCUCCGACGACGAAGAGGACGCUUCCUGCGCUCUCUCACCUCGACAUUCUCGGGCCAAGAGGAAGUGGACGGAGAAUUUAUCUGGCGGGAACGGAGAAUCUGAUCCUCCCUUUCUGGUCAUCGAUGAUGACCCCACCCCUCAGAAGCGUAAUCCGGUUUGCACGCCCUCCGUCGUCGCCGAAACCCCUUUAUCGUUCGGCUCCGAUGCGUCUAUCGUCAAGUGCUCCCUCACUCGCACACAUUCACGGGAGAAGUUCGCUGGAAUAUCCAGUUUAAUAUGUCUAGAGUCUGAUAAUGAAUCUGAGGGUGGUUCCAGUAGAGGAACAUUGAAAGAAUCUGGGAAUUUGGUUGAAUGGCUUGGAAGGACAGCUUGCCACUCCAGGUCUCCUAUGGAAAAUUCUAGAUUGGAUUCAACGUCUGAAAGUGAAGAUGAUGUAUUAUUCUGUCGAAUGAAAGAUGUAGCAUGCGAAGAUGACUUGGUUGUAACUACUGCAACUGCUAAACCCUAUUCUUCUAAUGGAUAUGCUGGAAUAUCUGAUUUCAUCAAGAUGUCAGGAGACAGUCUACCAAGUGAGGACUGCUUGGCAGAGGAUUUAGUUGCCCAGGCAAGACAUGAUAAUGAUGGUGAUGGUAACAAUUAUUUGAGGCAAUCACCAAGUCUUGUUAAACAGGCGGGAAAGCAGAGAGCUCCUAAUGCUGAUAAGGAUAUUUGGAAGAGCGAGGCAGCUGCUAGAAAGAAACAGUUGAAGGAAGAAAAAACUCGUUUAAUCGAAGAAAGGAAACAAAAGAGACAGGAUGAGAAGCUGCAAAAGGAAGCUUUAAAAGCUGAAGCUGCUGAGUUGAAGAAGCUAGAGAAGGAAAAGCAGAAGUGGGAGAAGGGAAAGUUGGCUUUGAAAUCAAUCAUAGCUGAAAUUGAUGCUAAAGUUCUUGAAAAUGGGUCAAUUGGAGGACAUCUUCUUGCCAGAUUUGCUGAAAGAGGUCUAUCUUAUCGCAUAACCUCAAAUCCAAUUGAAAAAUCAAUCUUGUGGAAAAUUACUGUACCCGAACAAAUUGCUCAGCUUUCAAAUAUGAUGUCAGAUGUUCCAUACAUAUUACUUCUAUACCAGGCUGAAGAAUUUUGUGAUCUCGUAGUCAGCGAAUCCCUCAUUGAUCAUGUCCAUACAGUUAGGAGCCAGUAUCCAUUAUUCACAAUAUGCUAUCUAACAAACAAGCUGAUGAGUUUCAUAAAUAAAUGCGAACAAAGCCACUACAAGAAUUCAUCAAACUUCAAUAGUUAUAAACGCCCACCAGUUGAGGAGGUUUUGGCAAAGUUGUCAACCCAUUUUACCAAAGUUCACUCGAGACAAUGUAUAGAUGAAGCUGAGAUUGCUGAUCACAUAGUCGGUUUAACAUCUAGUCUUGCGAAUUGCCAAUUUAGGAAGAAAUUGACAUGGCUUUCUGUGAAUGCUAAUGGAUCUAUGGUUGCCAAGAAUUUCAUUGAUAAGAAUUUAAUUAAAAAUAAUGUCUGGCUGAAAGCACUGGCAGUCAUACCUAAAGUACAGCCAAAGCAUGCUAUUGCAAUCUGGAAGAAAUAUCCAACCAUGAGAUCUCUUCUGGAUGUAUACUUGGAUUCAAACAAAUCUGUGCACGAGAAAGAAUUCUUACUUAAGGAUUUGAUGGUUGAAGGAUCGCUAGGAAUAGAAAAUAGAAGGUUCGGUGAGCUUUGCUCUAAGAGAAUCUUCCGAAUACUAAUGGCUCAGAGUGGUGGCAUCAGAACUGAUGAUGUUGAGGACGGAGCUGACCUUUUCAAGUGUUGAUCUUGUUUUCAUCUCCAUCAUUACGUGCAUAUCAAAGCCUACUAACUUGGAAGUUUUGGUGCUCAGAUCCUCUUCAUCUUUGAGACUUUGAUGUUUGGUUCAUCGUGUAAGGUAACGAAGAAUUGUCAAUACUUUCUUUGAAGUGCAAUCUUUCCAGCCCUGAUAACAUUAGGAACUUUGAGUGGGUUUCUUUCACUCCAAAGUGAUGGAAGCGGCUAAUUUACUACAAAAAAAAGGGUGUUUUUUUACUUAGCCUUUUUAUCUAUAAAUCUUUUCUUUUAAAUUUAUUACAAAAUAAAAUUAUAAUUUCUUACUCCG